AUGGCUGAUAAAGACAAAGCUAUUGUCACGCGUAGCCGUGGGCCUGACAAAGAGGAUAGCGGCCUGCAAACGCUGCUCAGAGAAAUCAGAGCCGUGUCCUCUAAAAUCGAGAAAGUGGAACAACAAAUGAUUUCUAAAGUGGAUGCUCUCCAGCUCUCAUUGGAAAGGACCUUGAGAGAAGAACUCAAACAACUGAAAGACAAUUUUGACGAGGAAAUAGGCUCUCUCAAAUGCGCCGCGGGGCCGCUGAGGCUGCCCCCCCGGCGCGUGGAACUGCCCCCCCGGGGCGUGGAGCUGCGGCCGCUGCAGGAAACCAAGCAUGGAGACGCUGAGGAGCUGCUGCCAACUCAAAACAGACUGAACAAGCUGGUCAGGAGGGCCAACUCCACUCUGGGCUGCUCCCUGGACUCUGUGGAGGAGGUGAGGGACAGGAGGCCCCUGGACUCUGUGGAGGAGGUGAGGAACAGGAGGCUCCUGGACUCUGUGGAGGUGGUGAGGGACAGGAGGCCCCUGGACUCUGUGGAGGAGGUGAGGGACAGGAGGCCCCUGGACUCUGUGGAGGAGGUGAGGGACAGGAGGCCCCUGGACUCUGUGGAGGAGGUGAGGGACAGGAGGCCCCUGGACUCUGUGGAGGUGGUGAGGGACAGGAGGCCCCUGGACUCUGUGGAGGAGGUGAGGGACAGGAGGCCCCUGGACUCUGUGGAGGAGGUGAGGGACAGGAGGCCCCUGGACUCUGUGGAGGAGCGCCUGGGUAAUGCACAGGAACGCCUGAACACAACAUGCAGCAGCUCAAAGGAAACUGGAGAGGUUUUCGGUUUGAGAUACGGCACCACAGGGACAGGACGCUCCACCGACCCCAGCUCCGCGGCCUCCAAGCGCAGUCCCCAGAGAAACCAGAGAGAACAGGUGAAGAGAGGCUUGAUUCAACCCAAAGCAAUAGUCAAAGAGCCAUUACAGAACAUAGAGAUAAGUUGA